UCGAUAGCUUUUCAACCAUGAUAGAAUUAUAAAAGUCUCGUCGGCAAAAAAAACAAAACAAUGAGGGCAAGGGGAGCACGAAAUGCACGUUACCUUGUAUAAUUUGUAUCGUGCAACCGACGACGACGACCACCGCUCGCUCCUGACCAUCGAUCCGGCGACUGGGGGCGAGGAAAAGGCGUGGAAAACCAACGCGGCGCCGCCAUUGAGAAAGAAAGCGUGUGCUCCCAAACAAAAAGGGGGAGAGGCGAAGAACAAGCGACACACACACACACAUAGAGAGUGACAGAGAGAGAGGGAGAGGGAGAAAAACCGAUUCGAGGUCGCCGGAUGCAAAGAUGUCGCACUCAGCCGUAGGAGGAGCAGCAGCGCCGGAGUCCGCCAUUGGAGGAGGAUCCUCUGAUCUGGAAGUAGCCCCCUCAUCGAAGCAGCCGCCACCCGAGGCUUUGCAGGACGGGGACACAAGCAACAGCCUGGAACCGGGAGAAGUGGUGACCCCGCCGCACCACCGCCUCUCGUCCAGUCCCGCCCUCAAGAAGCAGAUGCUGCUGGGCAAGACGCUGCGCAAGACCCUAAACAGUCACAACCACAUCAAGGACGCCGAUGGAGCCCUUCAUGACCUGGCCCGCAAAGAGAAUGGUUCGCAGGAAACGCCCAUGGACGAGGCCGAUGACAGUGAGGGUCUCUACUCGGACACGGACUCUUCGGUGGAGGAUCUGAAGAGCGUGGAGGAUGUGCAGCAGGCGCGAAAGGAGAAGCAGGCGGAGGCGGCUGCUGCUGCGGCCUUACCCCAGGCGCCGCCCACUCCGUUUCUGGGCCUAAGUCCCCUGAGAUUCCAUAUGAGAGCUCCGCCUUCCUGCUUUGAUUUCCCCCGCAUGGGCUUCAUGCCCCGAAUGGCCAGGGGCGGACCGCGGGGCAUGCGACCGCCGUUCUUUGGUCGGCCCCCGACACCGAUUCGCAUGGGUGGGCAGCCCCCUGUGCUGCCACCGGGCACAGCUCAGCUUCCACCAGGAGGACCAGGACCAGGAAGUGUAGGCAACAAUCUUAAACGCUGUAAGCGACCCCAAUCGGAGCUAAGCUGGACCACGCUGCAGCCGGCUGUGUCCUUUACCUUCAAUCUGAUUCCCGAGUGCGCAAGUGCCAAGCAUAAGGAUUGCCAGCAAAAAGCGGAGAAUACAACUGCAGUUAAGUCAAAGGAUCCUGCCGCCAGCGAUGAGAAGGAGAAGAAUGCUUCAGAACCACCGGAUCCAUUGAGGGAAAGGUCCGGGGAAGAAUCCCAAUCCCAGCAGAAUAUAACAGCCAGUGGAAAGACAAUGUACAAAUCAAAGGAGAAGGAAAGAGCUCAAAGCCGAGGAAAGACCAGGGAGAGAUCUCAGGCAAGAGAUUCAACAAGAGAAUCUUCUCUUGAAAGAGCUAGGGAGAAGUCUAAGGACAGGGAUUUAACCCGUGGAAAGACAAGAGAGAGAUCAAAGGAGAGGGAGUUCAAGAGAGAAAAGUCCAGGAAAGCAUCUCCACAAAGGAAAUCCAGAGGAAAAUCAGGUGAAAGAGAUCCCAGCAAAGACAAAACGAGAGAACGAUCUCGGGGAAGAGAUCAAGCGCGAGGGAAAACGAGGGAGAAAAGCAGGGAAAGGGAUCAAAAGAGGGAAAAAAGCAGGGAGAGGGAUCAAAAGAGGGAGAAAAACAGGGAGGGGAAUUCAACAAUAGGGAAAUCUGUCUCUGAGAAGGACCAACCUCGAGGAAAAGACAGGAAAAUGUCCCAGGAGAAAGAUCAAAAGAGGGGCAAGACUCGAGAACGUUCAAGGGAUAGAGAUCACAGAAGAGCAAGGACUAAGGACAGGUCUAGAUCCAAAGAAAAGCUGCUGGAAAAGUUCCAGGAUCGUAAGGAGAAGCACACAAGAGGUAGAUCUAAAGAAACAGAAAAUGAGCCUCAGUAUAAGUCAAAAGAAAUCCCAGACAAGUCUGAUAAAUUCAUGGAUAAAUCAAAGAUUAGGCAGCGCGAAAGAUCUAGGGAAAAUCACAGGGAAAAAUCUAAAGAAAAUACCCGCAACCGAAGAAGUAGCAAAGAAAGAAUCCACGAAAAAUCCGCAGAAAGAAGUCAGAAAGAAUUGAGGGAUAAAAAAGAAAACAUCACAGAAACCCCAAAGGACAGGCUACCCGAACGAAGACGACAACGUUCCCGGGACAAGCAGAGAGAGCGAUCCCGGGAAAGAUACUCCCAAGAAAGGUCAAGAGAGAAGGGUAGACAUAGCAAGCAUGAAAAGUCCAGGGAUCACUUGGGGGAGAAGCCGUUGGACACCCACAAGGAAAGCCGGUCCAGAAGAGCGGCCACUCCUCUCGAUUCCUUCGGGAAUGCGAGUCAAACUCACAUCAAGAGCGAGUCUACUCCCGCUGGGACACGCCAGGAGGGCACACCUCCAAUGACGCCACCCCAGCAGCGUGGGCAGACUCCUCCAGCCAGCGACACCCCCAAGACCCCCAAGGUCUUUGAUAUUUUCGCUGACUCACCGCCAAGAUCGAACACUGCCACUGUAGCUGUCUCAGCUCCAGCUGUGAUCAUCGAAAGAAGCACCACGCCGCCAUUGAAGGCGACACCAGUUACUACACCCAUUGCUCCACCCACCAAGCUGACGCCCCUGCUCAAGGCCAGCGAGAUUCACAGCAGAAUUGGCGCUCUGCUCGAGGACGAUGAUAAUGAUUUGCACUUGGAGGCUUUGCUGGCCACCAAGGAGAAGCUUAUUCGGCGCACCAACGAGUACAAGGAGCGGAAGGAAGCACCCAAGGAGAUCAAGGUGGAAAAAGAGACACAGCAGCGGCGCUACGUAAACCCCUUUAACCGCGAAUCAGUAUUAAGCAAGGAGAGAAAUUCCUAUUCGUUCCAUAGAAACGGCGGCAGUCGUUGCGCCAGCGAAAGCGAAGAAGACUGGGAUAAAGAUCUGGAACGCGAGAGUGAAUCGCUGGCGAGCAGGACAGGCCAGGAGUUCAGGGAUAUCAGCAUAAAGAUUGAGAAGGAUCUAACACCGCCACCGCCGCCUCAGAAAACGUUUACAGUGACCCGCAUCAAAGUGGAACGCAAUGCAACUCCGCCAAGGGAGGACCGGGAUGGAAAUGAGGAGGUGCUGGUGAGGAAUGGAGCAGUGGCAGCGAAUGCCCCGCCGCCUUUGGCCAAGGAGCAGGAAAGCCCAGACACGGACGACUAUAUAGACAACUGGGAGAAUGAUGAUUCCAUAUCCAGCAUGCCAAAGAACGCUGCUCCGGUCACCCCAACUCCUGCUCCUGCUGCUGCUCCUGCUUCUGCUCCCAAUACUAAUCCCCCUGCAAACAUCACGCCUCUACCGCCGCCCCCUGCCCAAUUCAAUGAUGACUACGACGAGGAUGAAGACGACUCAAAUGCCCUGUGGAAUGCCAACAGCACGCCACCUCCCCGCUCCAAAGCGGCCAAGGCCAACCUGCCCAUGAGCAAUAUCCAUGAGUUGUACGACAAAUUCAUGAACAGCAUAGAGAUGGGCAGCGCAGAAAUGCAGGAAGAAGCCUCCAAAAACAGUUCCUUGAGCAAUUCCACAAACGAAGAGAGUUCCUCCGGCUCCGACAGUUCAUCCUCCAGCAGCAGUAGCAGCGACUCUGAUGACGACGACUCCUCCAGUUCGGACGAGGAGGAGGAGGCGGAUCCCAAUGAAAACACUUCGGGUGAUGAGUCUCCCACAGCAACAGAAGCCUCCAAGUCCCAGCCAGACGAUCAGUCUGGCAAGGAGCAGCAGCAAAAGAAGAACAAUGUAAGCAAGGACCUGCGAAAACUCAAGAGUCUGGAGGAUAAUCUGGCCAGGAUUCAAAUGAUGCGCGAGAACUACGAUGCGGGCGAUGAGAUCUCCGAGGAACUGCUCAAAAUGGAGUCUCUGUUUCUCAUGCAACGCAAUGCCAUCAUGGACAAGUACAGGAAGCAGGAGCUCAAGAGCAGCUCCAGUGAAGAUCACCAGCAGCAGCAGCAGCAAAUGGAAGCUCCGCAAGUAGAACCCCCCGCUCCUGUCAAUAGCAUCUUUGAUGCCAAUCGGGGGGCCAUCAAGAUGACCAUUUCGCGACUGAAAUUGACAAGUAAAUCUGCCAUUUUCGACAAGGAUGAAACGGAACAGCAGCCGAAGCCAACGGUUUCCCUGCCGUUGCCAAGCCAAAAGCCGCCCAAGGAGAUAGCUAUAGUGAAGCCCACAAUUGUAGAAACCCGCUCAAAGCCCAGGGUUCUAAGGAGCCCACCACCACCAUCGGCUAAUCGUCGCAGAUCUCGUUCGCGUUCCAGCUCCCGAAAUAUAUCGAAGCGUCGCAGUCUGAGGCCAAAGUCCCGUUCCCCGAGUCCCAAGCGAUGGCGUCCUCCGUCGCCCAGAAGAGGUUCGCGUUUCGCUAAGAGGAACAGCGGUGGAUCAGGUGCGGCACCAGCAACCAAAAUGGGAAGGAGCCACAGUCGCAGCCUGACUAGGAGUCGAACCCGCAGCAGAAGUCCUAAUCGCCGAAGACGUCCACCUUUGACUGUGGGUAACCGCAGACGGGGAUCUCUUUCUCCUGGCCCCCAUAAAAUUGCUGGACCCCGAUCACCACCUCACCCGCGUCUACGACGUUCCUUGACAAGAGAAAGGGAGCGGGAACGGGAUCGGGACAGGGAUCGCCGCUCGCCACUGCCAUUUAAGCCACCCUCUCCGCCCAUGCGACGCAGUUGGUCGCAUUCCCGCUCACCCACCCGCAGGAGAAGCCGCUCCCGCUCCAGAUCCCCGCGAUUCCGUUCGCCCAGGGAUGGAGGCCAAAGCUUUGCUGACUAUUUCGGCGAGAAUCAGGGCAUGGAGGCGGCCGCCUACUACUACAACAUGUCGCUGAUGCAGCAGGAGUAUCAGGAUCCCACGGGCGCCGGCUAUGAUACAUACGCCGCCUACAUGGAUUCCGCCUACAACAUGGAGCAGGCCUAUGCCCAGUUCACGGAGGGUUAUGCCCACAUUUAUGGUGAUUAUCCGGGUGAGAUGGGUUCACCUCAGCUGCUGGGAUCCUCGUCGGUGCUCAGGGAACUGCCCAUGGCUCCUGUAGGGCCAGUGGCCGUUCAAAAGGGCAAUGUCUUGGAGAUUGUGCCCACGGGUGAGGCCUUGGCAGUGAAGGAGGCAAGCCUCAUGCCAGUGGCAGCAGAGGAACCUUUGGAGGAUGAAAGCAAACCCAAGCGAAAGCGUGUGAACUUCGUGGACAAUGUGCUGCCCAACUACGAGAGCGAGAGCGAGGACCGAGCCAUUGUAUCGCUAGCGGUGGAUCGUGCUUUAUGUCAAUAUCAAGAGCGUCGCUCUCGUGCCGCCGCCAGACUGCAGCAGAUUCGGGACGAGCUGCUUGCCCUGCCCCCACCACCGCCGCCGCUCACACCGAGGCCCACCAACCAGGAGAAGCCCGUGCUGGUGCAGAAGAAGCCCAAGUUCCGUUACUUCCACUACGAUCCCCUCAAGGGAGCCAUUGUGAAGACUCACUCACGGGUCCUGCGACCCAACCUCCGCCCUCCGUUCGACCCCAAGCACUUUGCCAUGCUGAUCAAGACGGGUCGUUUGCCUCCGUUUCCUCCGGGCUUUAUGCGCCAUCGCCCGCCAAAUAUUCCUGCCCAUGUAGAUCCGGCCACCAAGGCGGCCAUGCUUAAGGAGUUCUUCAGCAAACAUCCACCGCCACCGCUGCCCAUGCCCAUGGCCAUGCCCGAUGGGAUGCCCUAUUACCUGAGUGGACCACCUCCGAUGGCUGGUGGAGCUGCGCUGUCCCCAGUGGCGCAUGCUAUCCCAGUGCUAGGCAAUCAUGGCUAUCAGGGUUAUGUCCAGCCCUCGCCUGUUCCGGUACCUGUUCCUGUGCCUCCUGUGGCAGUGCCUGCACCAGCUGCCUCCACGCCACCGCCGGCCAUGAUAGCUCCCUUCUUCACGCCGCCACCAUUACCUGAGCUACUGCCCAUACUACCCGACCUGCCCACUCAGUUUACGGUGAAAUCUGUGCCCACCAUCACCGAGAUAAUGCCGGUGGAUAUACUGCAGCAAUUGGGACCGCUGCCCAAGACUCUGGAUGUGGACGAUGGUAGUGGGAUGGCGAGUCCAGAGCAGGGUGGCAAUGAUCUCAAAGAGACUGAGGGUGAGGCUAAGCUUGAGGCCAAAGCAGAGGCAGUGGAACAACAGGGGGUCGAGGUGGAGGUGCAGUAGAAGUCCCAUUUUUUAGCCAAUAAAUUUGUUUAAUAGAUAAUUUUAAUUUUAACACUCCAAUUGAUCCUUUGAAUUAUUUCCAAGUUAAAUUAGUUUCCAUUUUCUGACAAUUUUGUGAACAAAUCGCAUUUACAGAUAGAAAUCGUUUUAGGUUUUAUACGCUCUAUAUAUUUUUAAACAUAAUUAUGGUUCGACUUUGAUUUCUGCAAGAAAAUAAAAAUGUAAAUAGUUCGCUUAAGAAUUAUACACGA